AGCGGGUGUAUGAACCUGUUGGAAAAGCAAAAGUUUUUCUGCAACAGGUGGCUGCCGCUGCAGAGUGCUUGGGAGAACAGAUGGCUGCAGCACGUAGAGAACUCUUACGGCGCAGGCAAGUGAAGUCUCUUCUCCUUUUACUAUAUGUUUCUGUGGGGGGUGCGGCAACCAUUCGCUAUUCUGUGGCGGAAGAGAUGGAGAGUGGUUCCUUUGUGGCUAAUGUAGCUAAGGACCUGGGGCUGGAGGUGGGGAAGUUGGCUGCUCGCGGGGCUCGGCUCGUUUCUGAGGGCAACAAACUGCACUUCCGGCUCCACCGCAAAACGGGAGACCUGUUUGUGAAGGAGAAGCUGGAUAGAGAGUCACUUUGUGGCAAAGCAGACCCGUGUGUUCUGCACUUUGAAAUAGUCCUGGUGGAGCCACUGCAGUCCUUUCGUGCUGAGGUCAGAGUAUUUGAUAUCAAUGACAAUGCCCCCGUUUUCCUAAACAAGGAGCCGGUUUUAAAGAUUCCGGAGAGCACUCCCCUGGGUUCACGUUUUCCUCUGCAGAGCGCCCAGGAUCUGGAUGUGGGCCUCAAUGGUCUGCAAAACUAUACCUUAAGUCCCAAUGCCUAUUUCAACCUACACACCCGCUUCCGCAGUCAUGGGCCCAAAUAUGCUGAGCUGGUGCUGAAUAAACCGCUGGACAGAGAGGAGCAGUCUGAAGUCAACUUGACCAUUACAGCAGUGGAUGGCGGGUCUCCGCCCAAGUCUGGCACUGCCCACAUACGCGUGGAGGUUCUGGACGUCAACGACCACGUUCCUCAGUUCUCAAGGCUGGUGUACCGCACUCAGGUACCCGAAAAUAGUGCCAGCGGUUCUUUGGUGGCCACAGUGACUGCCACUGACUUAGACCAGGGAUCCAACAAGGAGAUAACUUACUCUUUGGCUCAAAACCCUGAAGCAAUUCUCCAGACCUUCCAAAUUGACUCCCAAACCGGAGAAGUUCGACUAAGAGGGCCCCUGGAUUUUGAAGCCAUUGAAACGUAUGACAUCGACAUUCAAGCUACUGAUGGAGGAGGCCUCUCUGCUCACAGCAAAGUUCUAGUGGAAGUGGUGGAUGUGAAUGACAAUCCUCCUGAAGUGACCAUCUCCUCUGUGUCCAGCCCGCUCCCUGAGGACUCCCCACUACAGACAGUAGUUGCCCUUUUCUCUAUCCGAGACCGGGAUGUUCGAGUGGGAGGAAAAAUCACCUGCUUCCUCAGAGAAGAUCUUCCCUUUGCAGUCAAGCCUACCUUACGGAAUUCUUAUUCUCUGGUCACUAACAGAGGUUUGGAUAGGGAGGAGGUUUCAAGCUAUAAUGUCACCCUUAUUGCCAUGGACACUGGGCCACCCAAUCUGUCCACGGAGACGAUGAUAGAGGUGUUAAUAUCUGACAUCAAUGACAAUCCCCCAGUAUUUCUGGAAGACUCCUAUGUCUUGACUGUUCGAGAAAACAACAGCCCUGCCAUUUUUAUUGGUAAAGUCCAUGCCGAGGAUCAAGAUAUAGGUGAGAAUGCCCAAGUAACAUAUUCUCUACUGCCUCCACAAAGUGGAGACUUAUCAGUCUUUGCUUACAUCUCUAUAAAUUCAGACAAUGGGAAGCUCUAUGCACUAAGAACCAUGGACUAUGAGGCCAUUAAAGAUUUUCAGUUUGUGGUAAAAGCAACUGAUGGGGGCAUCCUGUCCUUGAGUAGCCAAGUUACUGUCAGAGUGGUUGUCCUGGAUGACAAUGACAAUCGUCCAAUGAUUCUGUACCCACUGCAGAAUGGCACCUUGCCCUGCAAUGACCUGGUGCCCAGGUCUGCAGAGGCAGGCUACCUGGUGACCAAGGUUGUGGCUGUGGAUGGUGACUCAGGUCAGAAUUCUUGGCUUUCAUAUCAUCUACUUAAAGCCACUGACCCUGGGUUAUUUUCUGUUCAGCAACAAAAUGGGGAAAUCCGCACACUGAGGCAGAUAUCUGAGAGAGACCCCAUGAAGCAUAAACUGAUCAUUCUUGUUCAGGAUCAUGGCCAACCAGCUCUUUCCACUACUGCCUCACUAAACAUUCUGCUGGUGGAUGGCUUUUCUGAGCCAUAUCUGCAGUUCCGGGAUCCAUCCAACCAUUCUACAAGGGUAAAUCCAUCCACUAAGUAUCUGGUUAUCUCUCUGGCUGUACUUUCCUUUCUCUUUCUCCUCUCCGUCACAGUUAUUUUUGUUAUACAUAUCUACCAAAAGAUUACUAAAUAUAGAGAAAGGUUCACAAUUCAAGAGCAUUUCUAUGAUGACUGUAAUUUCCCUAACAACAUAAUACAAGCAGGAGCCAAUGGAACCUUAACCCAGCCUUGUUCCUAUGAAAUAUGCUCAGCUACUGGCACUGGCACUAGUGAGUUCCGGUUUCUUAAGCGCUUUAUGCCCAAUUUCCCCUUCCCUCAUGGCACUGGAGAGCCAAAAGCAGAGGCUCGCUCUAAUUUACCAUCAAAUCCCAAUAGAAAUAGGUCUCGGGGGUCAGAGGGCCAUGUCCCAGGAGCAGAUGACUACAUGUAGCG